GUGAGUGACAAUGGAAGCGCAUUUGUAACGUUGUUUGGAGAUGCUGCAAGCGUUUAUGUUGGUUGUGAAGUUUAUCAAUACAUUCAAUCAAUCAAUGGGGGAGAAAAUGAGUCAACUUACUAUAGAGGACUGAGUUUGCAAUCACCAACUCUAUUCCGCUUCUUAACUACGGUCAAAAAUAACAAAAUGGAAGGAAACGGGAAAAACCUUGGAAAUCCCAUCCACGUUGCUACUUUCUCAAAUUCUCAUUCGACUUCCAAAAUUGAUGCAAAUAAAGGGAAAAGAUUGAGAAAGAGUUCUAUCAAAGAAGAUGAUGACAUUUUUAUUUCAAGUGAUGAUGAUGAUACUACCAUUAGCAUCAUGAGGAAGAAGAUGUAUUUGAAAAAAAAAAAUCAACUCCCAAGAAGAUAUCACUGU